AUUGUGGCUGAGCGGAGUGAGGAGAGCAGAGUGCACGAUGGCUGUCGGGAAUUUUUGACUAUUUACGUGCUCUCUUCUCUGAAUUUGUUCUGCAUUUAUGAUGCAGAGGAUGGAUAUUCCUGAAGGAGCAGUUGUACAGCCACAUAAAAAGAAGCCUGAGGACCCCCCUUUCCUGACCGUUGGUACUGAGGUGUCAGCCAAGUACAAGGGUGCUUUCUGUGAGGCAAAGGUCCACAAGGUUGUCAAAUCAGUCAAGGUUAAAGUAACCUUUAAACUAGGCUUAGGCUCAGCAGUUGUACCUGAUGACUUGGUUAAAGGUGUUUUGAAAAUUGGUGCCCAAGUCAAAGCGAGCCAUCCAGAUAAAAAUCAGUUUGUAGAUGCCAUUGUAAACAAAAUUCAAGAUUGCAGUCAGUAUACAGUUGUCUUUGAUGAUGGUGACAUAACAACACUCCGCCGAACAUCCCUGUGCCUGAAGAGUGGAAGGCACUUUGCUGAGAGUGAGACCCUAGACCAGCUGCCUCUCACUCACCCAGAACACUUUGGGACCCCUGUGGUUGGAGGAAGGCGAGGGCGCAGGUCUAGACCACAUGCAGAUGGUGAAGAUUCUGGAGAAGAGGAUGAUGAUGUCCACAAGAGGCAUCGCUCAAGACGUGAGGAGUGGGAGUCGGAUAUUGGCAAAGUUGUUUGUGUGGAGCUCGGGGACAAGAAAAAGCAGAAGGACAACUGGUUCCCAGGGCUUGUGGUUGCUCCGACGGCCCAAGACUCUGUCAAGAUUGAGACCAAAAAGGACUACCUGGUCAGGUCAUUUCAGGAUGGAAGAUAUUACACGGUACCAAAGAAAGAAGCUUCGCCUUUUAGCCGUGAGGUCGGGAGCAAGGUUUCUCAGAGUGCUCUCAAGACGGCUGUAGAAAAGGCCCUGCUCUUCAUGACAAACGAUGAGCUGCCACCCCAUUGGGACCGCGACCUUCUCUUUGGCACAAACGUUUCUGACGAUGAUUCAGAUAGGGACGGGUCGGACUCUGACAGUUCUGAUGAUGAGCCAAGAGAGGAGAAGGAUCAUUUUGUUGCACAACUGUACAAGUUCAUGGAGGAGUGUGGAACCCCAAUUAAUAGUGGACCAACUGUAGGGAACAAGGAUUUGGACUUGUACAAGCUUUUUAAGGUGGUUCAGAAAUUGGGAGGUUUUAACCGUGUAAUGAACCAGAACCAAUGGAAAGUAGUGUCCAAUAAAAUGCAACUUCAGUCUCUUGGCUCUCAGGCUCCUAACCACAUCAAAGCUGCAUAUAAGAGAUAUCUCCAAAGUUUUGAGGACUUUUACCGCAAGUUGGGGUGCACAAUGGUGAGCAAUCCACGUGGUUCAAGGACGAGGCACCGCUCGGGUAGAAGCUUGAUCAGGGACUGUGACCGAACACCCAGGGCUUCCAAGAAAAAAGAUAAUGACAGCUGUGAGUCGACAGAAGAUGAGAAUGAGAAAAAGGAGGAAGGAGGAGGAGGGCAAGAAAGGAGAGAAAAGAAAAGGGGAGAAGGAAGAGAGCAAGAAAGAGUCAUUGCAAUAAAUGUAAAACAAGAGAGCAAAUCUCAGAACUCCCCUGAGAGAGAGUCAACAGGAGUCAAAGAGAGAUCACGAGAAGCUGCAGGGAGCCGGGAGAGGUCACGGGAGCCAGCCAUGACAAGGGAGCGAUCAAGGGAGCCUGUGGUGAUGCGGGAGAGGUCUCGGGAACCAACUGCAGGGAAGGACAAGUCACGGGAUUCAUCAUCAACUAGCAAAGAGCGGAAUCGUGCAGACACCAGUGGGAAGGACCAGACAGCCAGUGAAGCAGGGGUGAAAGAACGUGGAAGGGAGCCACGCACACCCCGCUCGGAGGCUAAGAACCGCGCCGCCAAGGUGGAGGCAGCCGAGGUAAAGACUCGUUCCAGCGCUAAGGAGGAAAAGCAAGAAGCUACCCCAGAGGUCAAGACACGUUCCAGCACUAGGGGCUCAAACAAGAUCCUCCAGGCAUCGGGAGGAGAGCCGUGAGAAGGAUGAAUCAACCAAGAAGACAGCCACCCCAACCCGUAAAACCAAGAAUGAGAGAGCAGCCAUGUCCCUCAUCUGUGUGAAGGCUGAGGAUGACACAGAGGGUGAUGAUGAAACGGCCUCUUCGUCCUCGACCACACCAACCCCAGUCAGCUCAACACACUCAGGGGCCUCUGUAGCAGCAAGCCCUGCCAGUGAGAAAAAAGCAAGCAAAAGUAAGAACAAAGGUCAGAAGGCAGUGGCAGUUACAACAGCAGCACCAAUCCCAGCAGAAGACUCUCCUGGGGCCUCCCAGCUCAUGUCCCCGUCAGUGUUGGAGACAAGUUGCGUGUGCUAUAUGGACCCAAUGCCAAAGAAUCAAAAGUGACCUAUGAAGCUAAGGUCACAACAGCCUCCUCACCAAAGACAAGUGCUACCAAGCGUGGCCGCCCCCCAGGUGGAAUGCGUGAGCGGCGUGAGAGUGAUCGUAGUGAGCGGAGUGACACCAGUGGCACAAGCAGUGUCUCAGGCCCUAGCACAAGAGCAGCGCGUGAGAGCACACUUGACACAACAGAAAGUGAUAGCGAGGAGUAUGAAUCUGAUGCUGACACUGGCUCUGAAAAGUCCCGCACCAGAUCAAGCACAGAAAAGGCUCCAGCCACAGCCUCGGUUUCUGCUUCAUCUACUCCUGUGUCUGAACCUUCUACUACUGUAAGUACUGUGUCUGAAAAAACUGUAAAAGAGACACCAGCAAAGGUGCAAGUGGUAGAAGUAAAGGAAGAGAAGGUGGAGCAGGAACCAUGUGGGAAGGACAUUGAUCUGAAUGCCAUUAUAUCUGAGAUGAAGGGUUUGGAUAAACCAAUAAAGAAGGAAGAGGACCGUGUAGUUGUGAAGGAAACAGCUCCUAGAAUACUAUCUCCAGUGAUGCAGACAUCCUUCACCACUCCUGAGAAAAAGACUCCUGAGUUGCAAGCCAAGAAAGUCCUAGAGAUUACCCCUAAAAAACCAGUCCCAGAAUCUCCAGGGAAAAACAUCACCCAAGACCCCAUAAAACUACUCUCUCCGAAAGCUGAGUCUUUGGAAGAUGAUGUGUAUGAAUUUAAAGAGCCAGAGCCUUUUGAUUUUGGAGAGAUUCGUGCCAGGAAGGACACACGAACCAAAGCAAGCAUGGGGGCCCUAGCAUCAGAUGAAGCUGAGGCAGAUACCAAAGUUAAGAAGAAGGGUCGACCAAGAAAGGAUGUGAAGGAGGGAGAUGGUGACAAGACUGAGUCUGACAGUGAUACUGCCCCAAGCCCUCAGAAGAGAAUAAUGCUUCCCAGGGAGGCCAGAGAGUCACCUGUCAAGUGGCCAAUUGGUGAUUUGAAGGAGGUGGCUCCCCAGCCAGAAGUCAGUACAACACCAGAGAAAAAGGAAGCAGUUACAGUAACCACUAUUAUUUCCCCCGUUCGUAAAGUCUUGAUCAAGAGAGAGACACCAGUCAAGAGCGAGCAGGCCACGGUUCAGCCCACAGAAGUCAAGGUGAGCAAGCAAGAAUCGCCAAAGUGUCAAUCUCCAAAGCAGAAUCAGCAGGAAAUCCCUGCACCAAGUUUGCCAAUGAAAGAACCAGUAAGAAUCAAUGUCACACAAAUAAAAGCCAAGCCAGUGAAUACCAGCGACAGAGGCAUAGCUAUCCCCAAGCCAAGUGGACCUACAUCUCACUUACUUGCUCAAGCUGUUAUGCCUGUAAUUGAAUCUAAAGCUCUUGCUAAGCCUGUUCCUAAGCCAACAUUUGAUGCCAAAGUGGAUAAACCUCCACCUUCUGUCAAGUCCGAAGACAAAGUUGAGGCCAAGGUUAUUCCCUUUUCCCAGAGACAGCAACAUAUAUUCCCACAUCUCCUGAACCGGCCAGAGACCAGUGAUAAGGCAAAGGAUGUACCACAACGAAUUACAGCUUCUGCCAUCCAGUCACCACCAAGGGAUUCUACACCAGUGCUGGAAUCUACAUCUUUAAGCCAGAGUGGGUCAGAUGUGGAGAGAAUCAAGAGGGAAUCCUCAGUGGAGGAGACCAUAGAAGCAGUCAUCAAGCGAGCCCGACAAGACAAGCCGGAGGUAAAGGAAGAUGACGAUAAGUCUGAAGGGAAGGCAAGUCCCGACAAGAAGCGGAGGACAUCAGGGAGAGGAAAGAAGGUUUUGAGCCGUGAGUUCCUCCCAGACACAUCUGAGGAAUCAGACUCUGAUGGUAGGCUCUCCAGACCUGAGACAGAGCGAAGGACACGAAGACCCAGGCUGGUUGUAGAUGGAGAGCAUGCCAUGAUCAAGCGGGCACAGAGACUGGUGUCUGACACAGAAAAGAAAAGUGGCCGGAGAAGAGAGGCAGAAGUAUGGACAGAGAAGGGAACAGUCCCACCACCUACAAGUCUAAGUAAGGGGAAACUCUCAAGAAGACUGGAGGCUGAAGACCAGAAAGAAGGGGAAGAGGCAGAGGUGGAAGGGGUCCGCCACAUCAGGAAAAAACCUCGUGCCUCAGCAUCAGCCACACCCAAAAGGUAUGAGGAAGAGGGCCUUGGUGACCUCCUUUGUGAGGAAACUAUCCCGCCUGGGAGUCCCAUGACCCAUGAUGCCAUCACAGCAGAGGCUGAGCUUCCCCAGCGACCAGAUAUGAAGCAUGAGAUGCCUUUUGCCAGUGUACCCACUGGAAGCAGCUUCGGGAAGAGAGGGCCUGUGCCGCCAGGGGGACCACAGCCACCUUCAAAUCCAACACAACCUCAUGUGGCACAGUCGCAGCCCUCCCCUCAGCAUCAGCAGAUGCACCAGUUGACCAAGCAGCCACAGCCACAGCUUCCCCCACAGCAGAAGCAUCAGAUCUUAGUUCCUCAGCAGAAAAUACAUCCCAAAACAGUACAACAGCAGCAGCAACAACAACAAAAACAUGAGCAGCAGCACCAUAAGCAGCAACAGCCACCACAACAACAACCACAACAGCAGCAACAACAACAACAGCAGCAGCACCACCACCAACAACAGCCAAAGCAGCAACAGCAGCACCAGCAACCACAACAACAGCUACAGCAGCCAUCCCCAUCGCAGCCACAUCAGCAUCACCAGCCACAUCUUCAUCCACAUCUUCAUCAUCCGUCUCAGUCUCAACUUCAACCUCAGUCUCAACCUCAGGCUCAACCUCAGGCUCUUGCUCUUCCUCUCCCACAACUCCAUCACCAACAGCAGCAGCAACAACAGCAACAGCAACUACUUCACCAUCAGCCACAACAGCAACAUAAAUCACAACCAAAGCAGCAACAGUUGCACCCACAACAAAGAACACUUCAACAACAGCAGUUGCCUUUACAGCAGCAACAGCAACCCCAGCAAUCAGCACAGCUUCAGCAGCUACAGCAGGUGCCACAGCAAUCACCACCACCUCAACAUCACCAGCCACAGUUACCACAUCAGUCCCCUAAGCAGCAGCAACAACAGAUGUCACAGUUACCACAACAGCAGCAGCUGCAGCAGUCACCACAACAGCAGUCUCCAACACAACCCCCCUCGCAACCACUGCCUCCUCCAGCAUGGUUUCCAGGUGUCACAAGCAGGCCAGCAUCUGAACCAGCAGAAGAUUCAGCAUCCACAGCACCAGAAGCAACAGCUGUAUCCUGCAACUCAGUCUGAUCACCAGCAGGUGCAGCACCAACAGCAGCAACAGUCUUACCAGCGGUCUCACCUCCAACAGCACCAACACUCCCAGCAGCACCAACAGUUAUCCCAGGACCAGCAUCAGCACCCACCUCCCCCUCAGCCACACCAGGUAACCCCAAGACAUGCACCAGGCAUCAGCAAUGCAGUCAUAAGCCCUAACCUUGCUGUUGUAGCAGCUGUGGCAGCUGCAGUAAGUCCAAGAAACUGUGGGGCUGUAGCAAGUGGAUCCACAGCCUCACCAUCAGGUGGGACAGGUGCUACUAGUGCUCUGCCAGGGACAGGAGGAGCAGCUGGAGCCCAGGCACACUCAACAGCCCAGGCCACCAUAGACAACACUCCACCUACAACGCCUGAAAGCAUUAUUUCAAAUAUUUCAGAUUCAGUCAAAGGGGACAAUGAGGUUUCAAAGCUGGAUGAGUCCAGUAAAUCUGGAAGAGAUUCAUCAGAAGUAGAAUUAGAAAGUCUAGCUGACAAUAGUAAGAUGGAUCAGUUUUCUGAAGAUUCCAACACAAUGGACAGUACGCUGGGGAGUGAGCCCCGGCGCCGUGGGAGGUUGGUCACACCUGUAAAGCGACCUCAUGAGAGCCACACAGGCCACCUCCCUCAGGUAAGCCUGGCUGAUGGCGAGGGCUCAGAGACAGAGGAGGGGCACUCCGCAGCGGCCGUCCCUAAGAAAAGGCGGAGAGGCCCCAGGGCUCGCGCCAGCAAUGACCCUGACGAGGAAGACAGCAGCAGCAAGAAACUCAGCAGCCAAGGCAACUACUCAGGCAGGAGAAGAAACCGGCAUCCAUCAGCAAGAGGAG